GGUCGCGACGGCAGUUCCACAUUAAUCCGACAUCCAAUCAAUGAUUUUAGAGAGUCUCCAGCACGCUUAGGAAAAAGCUUGGGAGACGCGAACUGGUGAUUCUUGUCACCUUAAUAUUCAUUUAAACUCUUCAUCUCCCAAUUUCAAUCCCCUUCAUCUUCGAUAACUUUAACAACAAACCACACCCACGUCCAUCUUCCAUCUCCAUACUCAUCAACAUCAAUCUCAGCCUUACAUUUUUCAAUCCAAACAAAUUUUAAAUUCAAAAUGCCACCAAAGGGAGUUGCAAGCAAGGCACCAGCUGCCGCCAAGGCACCUGCAUCCGCAUCAAAGGCCCCAGCUAGUAAGCAAGAUGCUGGCAAGAAGACCACCACCAGCGAAGGAAAGCCACGCAAGAAGAAGGGACGCAAGGAGACCUACUCUUCAUACAUCUACAAAGUUCUCAAGCAAGUCCACCCAGAUACUGGUAUCUCCAACCGCGCCAUGUCCAUCUUGAACUCCUUUGUCAACGAUAUCUUUGAGCGCGUCGCCACUGAGGCAUCCAAGCUCGCUGCUUACAACAAGAAGAGCACCAUCUCAUCAAGAGAAAUCCAAACCUCUGUUCGUCUCAUUCUCCCUGGUGAACUCGCCAAGCACGCCGUCUCUGAGGGUACCAAGGCUGUUACCAAGUACUCUUCAUCCACGAAAUAAGUUGUCUUUUCUUUGGGGUUUAGGGGGGAAUAUCGGAUAUGCUUGAGCUCUGGGGUCAUCUCAUAGAUGAUGGCUGUUGUUGUUCGAGGACCUUGGGGUUUUCUUUUUAAUGCGUUAUGGAUGGUCUGCUUUUUAUGGGGGCAAAUGUCUUCACGGUCUGUUUUCGGGGUACGUGGCUGUACAAUAAACAAACGUCUUCAUCAGAAUAGGGAAUUAGAAGACGAAAUUCAAACAUCAACUUAAUUCA